AUUUUGUUUGGAUAAAUAAAAUCAGAAAACUAUCUUUCAGAUUGUAAAAAAAAUUUGAAGUUCGCACCUCCAGAACGUCAUUGUUCCUUAUUUUAUCUGAAAACCCCUUUAUUCCUCCUAUUCUCUUCGCACCAAAUCUUUUUCCCAUCUUGUUCCCUUUCAUCUUCUUUGCAUUCCAGACCUUCUUCUUCAGAGUUCAAAUCCGAGAAGGAACCCUUGCAACUAUGUUCGAAAGUCGUUUGUUGAGUGACUCCUCUCAUUCCCACACUAGAUCUCAUUUCCCUUCACCUCUUCGCACUCCAAACCCUCUUCUUCAACGUUCAAUUCUGACAAGGAACCCUUGCAACUAGGUUCAAAAGUCGUUUGCUGAGCGCCUUCUCUCCAAUAUGAUUACUUUUCUUCUAAUGGAUCACUAAAAGACUUCUUCUCUCUAGAACAUGCUUUUCAACAUUAGAGAGCAGUAAGGGUUCGAUCUGCAAGUGAGGGGGAACAGGCGACGCAUGGUGGGUUCGUAUAAUGUCAUUACUCUUGCAAGGCUGGUGCAGGGAGCGGGGCACAAGGCGCGAGCGUGGGGCGCGGGCGCUGGGCGUGGCAAGGGUAGGGGCGUGGUGCAGCAAGAGGCUGGUUCGGAAGCUGGGAGUGGGAACUGGGAGUUUGGAGUCUGGACGCUGGACGGUGGACGGUGGACGGUGGACGCUACACAUCUCCCUUUGAUUUUGGACCGGUCGGUUCAUCGGUUGAAUUAGUUGAACUAGUAAAAUCAAAAACCGAAACUCAAAAUGGUUCAAUGACCGGUUUAAUUUUAAAAACCUUGGCUUUGACAAUGGAAGAUCCAACUCACCUUUGGAAGAUCCAACUCACCUUUUUUUUUUAGUUUGAUUAAUACCAUUGUAGAGUUGAUGUGUGAUUGAAGUCUAUGGAACACAAAUUGGCCCAGGAAGAAACGGAUGGGCACAGGAAAAAAGGAGAAAAUGAAUUCUACUAAUGGAUUUUGUAUCAGUAGUUUGAUAUUUGUUAUAGUGAACAAAGAUUAUGUUGCCAAAAUACUACUUGAUUGCUUAUAAAUAUUCUGCAUGUUUUCUUAUGCAUGUAUUGCAUGUUUGCCUACACAAAAUACUACUAAAAUGCUACCAAAAUGCUGCCAAAAUGUCCAUAUUUUGCACUUGCUAUUAGAAAGACAAAUUGGCAUAUGGCAUUGUAAUGAUAAAAGUAGAGAUUGUGCUACCAAAAUUUUGCCUAAUUUCUUAUACAUAUUCUACAUGUUUUCUUAUACAUAUACUAUAUGUUUGCCUACACAAAAU